AUGUACAAGGAAGAAAAGACCUCUACUAAAAAUAAUGCAGCAAAGAAUUACAGCAGCAUGGAGAAGGACUUUUUACUACUGCUGGAUAGACUGGACCUUAAGAAGUAUUACCCACAAAAAAUGAAGAAUGCUGAUUUUCAUAAGAUUUGUCAACCUUCUUUGGUUGAACAGAUUUCUGAUGAAAAAAAACUUCCUCUCCAUUUCCUGCAGAAAUUACUUAUGUUAGACUUUCAUGCAAGAUAUGUACAGUGUGCAUGCGAUAGUGAACCUGUCCAUGCAAAGGUGGGGAUCAUUCAAGAAGAAGAAAACAUGGAUGGCACUGAUCUUGUAGAACAAUUUCUGGAAGUUGCUGAAAAAGAAGAUUUUGAGCAGCAAAAGUCAAACAGUGAACAACCUUUUAACCCAAUGAAUGUCCAAAUGUCAAUUUUCCAUUGUGCUAAUGAUUUCAUGCGACAGUAUCUUUACACAAAACUUUAAUUUUGUCUGUUUGCUCUUCCACUUUUGGUAACUAUUCCCAGCACAAAGUUUAUAGAGUUCCCACUUUGGUCUUUUCAGGAAAUUAAAAAGAAGUGGAAAAAUAAAAGUGGCAAAUCUUAUGACACAUUCAUUAAAGAAACAGAGACUCCCAUCAUAUCCUUCAUUCGUCUUGGUCCAUCUUCUUCCUCUAAAUCACAGUUAUUGAACUGGCUGAUUAGUAAACAGAAGCAUGAUAUCUUCUAUCAUAGACAUUGCAGAGGAAGCACACAAAAUGCUUUCCUGAUGAAUGGAGUGACAGAGAUUGCCUGGUAUUUUCCAGGUGGAAAAGGUGAUGAGACAUUUGAUGACUGUAUUGCAUUCACUAAUCUACAUGGUGAUGCCACAGAACAUGACCUCCAAAUGAAAUUCUUAGAAGACAUUUCUUCUGUCAUUGUCGUUCUAUUUGCUGAGUUGGACACAAAAGGGAAAAAACUGUUAGAGUGGCUAUUACAUUCCUCAAAAUCACUAAUUUGCCUCCGUGCAGACAAAGAACAGAGUCCUCCGCCUAAAGGCACCAAAAUACAAAUAGGUUUAAAAAACAGAAAUGAAGCAGAAUUGUUACAACAUAUAUCAAAAACUAUAACAUCUUUGUUGGCUGUUUCAGAGAAAAGAUAUUCACUUCACAUAUGUGCCAGCAUUGCCAGGAAACAUGGCUUUGUAGUGGAUGAAGACAAAGAACAGUGCAAACAGGGAAAAGAACAAGCAGAUGUUUUACUAUCAUUGUUAAAAGAAAAAAAAGUAUCAGCCAUGAAGAAAUACUUUCUCCCACUACAAGGAGAUCUCUGGAAUAAAUGGUGCAAGAAAGACAAAGAAGUGACUUGACUGAAGCAAAAUAGUAACAUGAGCAUUGAGCAACAGCGGAGCAACAUCCAGUCUGAAAAACAGGCAAUAAGGAAUAAACAGUUUAAAAGUGCAUAUCCCCUUAAUGAUUUCAUGAGAUCGUUCCUGGAUAUUCUACAAUCGGGCAAUCACGGCUCAAAAAUGUACUUUCUCCGGUGGUUUAGCAUGUAUUUAGAUGAUCUGUCUUCAAAAACUCUUUCAGUGCUUUACCAGGACUACCACAAUAAAUGGUCAAAACUAAAAGCAGAAAAACAAAUGAAAAAUAAAAAUAAACAAAUUAUAGAAACAAUGGAGAAAGUUUUCGAGAAAUUAUCGGUUGAAAUUGAAAUUUCAACAUUUGGCCUUGAACACAUUCUGAGAGAAAUGGGACAAAUAUAUGAAGCUUUAGAAACCUUUAAAAGAAAGGAUACAUUUUUUUUCACAUUGCCAAAAGUUGCUGCCAAUCUUAUGGUCUCAGGGUAUCCGAUUGAACUGAUGGAUGGUGAUGCUGCACACAUACCACUGAGAUGGAUUCGAGCCAUUCUGGAUGAGCUGAUUGAAAUAUUAGGAGAUAAAAAGCUGUAUGUCCUCUCUGUAUUAGGUAUGCAAAGUACUGGAAAAUCCACUUUACUCAAUGCUAUGUUUGGUCUUCCGUUUGCGGUGAGUGCUGACAGAUGUACUAGAGGAGCAUUUAUGCAGCUUUUAGAGGUUGACAAAGAACUCCGACAAGAAAUGAACUUUGACUAUGUGCUUGUUGUGGAUACAGAAGGACUGAAAGCUGUUGAACUCUCAAAACAAAAUGCUCUUAAUCCUGACAAUGAAUUGGCUACUUUUGUAAUUGGCCUGGGUAACCUCACAUUGAUCAACAUUUUUGGGGAAAAUCCUAGUGAGAUGCAGGACAUCCUACAGAUUGCUGUUAAAGCAUUUUUGAGGAUGAAGAAAGUCAAUCUACAACCUAGUUGUGUAUUUGUUCAUCAAAAUGUAGGAGAAAUUACAGCCAAAGAGAAAAACAUGGAUGGAAGGAGACGGCUUCAGGAGAAACUUGAUGAAAUGACUUUGUGUGCUGCACAGCAAGAGCAAUGUGAUGUGACUUGUUUUAAUGACGUCAUAAGAUUUGAUGUAAACACGCAUAUCCAUUACUUUGCCCACCUCUGGGCAGGUGACCCUCCCAUGGCUCCCCCAAAUCCAAGUUACAGUCAGAAUGUUCAAAUGCUAAGACAGGUUAUACUUGAAUCAGGAAAACAGGAAGGGCAACACAAUAUUUUAAAUAUCUCUACAUUCAGAACUCGAAUAAAUGAUUUGUGGAAUGCAUUGCUUAAUGAGAAUUUUGUAUUCAGCUUCAAAAAUUCACUUGAAAUUGCUGCAUACAACAAACUGGAAGUAAAAUACAGUCAAUGGACAUGGAAAUUAAGGAAACACAUGUUGACCCUUCAAAGAGAAAUCACCAACCAAAUUUACAAGAAUGAAAUAAAUGAGGUUGAUAGGAUGUCUUUAAAUCAACAUUUUAAAGAGAUCUACAGCACAGUCCUAGGGGAGCUUAAGGCAUUUUUUGAAGGUGAUAAGGACACAGGGAUAUUAGUUCAAUGGUUAGCUAAUACUGAAAAGAGAGUGGCUGAAGUCAAAGAUGACAUGAUACAAGAGAUGCAUAAAAAAGCUAACGAGUUAAUUAGAUCAAAGAACAACAGUAAAACUAUAAAUACACUGAGAGAAAAAUAUGAAGAUGAAAUGUUGGCUGAAAGCAAAGCAUUGGCCCCGUCUUUGCAGGGAAAAUAUGUCAGUGAUGAAGAAUUGAGUGAAAUAUUCAACACAAUGUGGAAUUCUCUGAUCACUAAAGUAACUAAGGAUACAUAUACUCCUAAACCUCCACAAAUCAACUGUGAUUUAGAAAAUGUGUUCCUCGAGCGCUUCAAAAGCGAAUCUAACUUAGUGGAUACAAUCAAUGAUUCUUACCGGUGGACCGACUUACUAAAAGAAUUCAGUAAAUAUAUGUCAAGCAAACGAAAAUAUCUUGUGCUUAUGGAAAGUCUUUCAGAUGAUACUCGGAUAGCAAUAAUCCGUAUAGUACAUAUUCUAAACAAGAGAAUGCAUGAAUACAUAGUUUCAAAGCAGCAGGAACAACUAGAUUACCAGUAUGUUUACUUCCAUGAACUUCUGAAUAUGAUAACCUCUGAAAUAAGUGAAGUGUUAGAAAAAUUUAAAUUCAGAAAGGAGUUUACAUUUUAUGCCUACCUGUUCUAUUGUCAGAAAGCAGCACACAGCUUUGACAGGCUUUCAGAAGCUUUUUGGAAAGCCAAUAACCCCCUCAUCUACCUGGCAAGUAAGAGGAAUGAGUUAUGGGAAAGCUUUAAAAUCUCUUGCAAGGGAAAAAAACAAAUCACAACAUUGGCAGAUUUCCUGUGCAACAAGUUGGAAGAGGCCAUUCAGCAAGGUGUCUAUGAGAAGUCUGCAAUAUACUUAGCUGGUGAGGUAAAGACUAACCACCAAGCUUUGAAUGGAAACCGAUCAAAACUAGAAUUCUGUCUACUCAGGUCAUUGGCGGAGAAGGAAGAUUUUCGGUGUUAUAUACAUUAUAUCGAUGAUCCAAAAUCUGCAAUUAGUGACUUUGUGAAGGAGUGUGUUAAACAGUAUUGUAAAAAGACAAACAUACCAGAAAUUCUAAACAUUAAGCUUGAUGAAUUCAGAAACAUUAUAUUAAAGGCCAUCAACAAAUCCGCUACAAUAGUCAAGGACAAAAAGGGUGAUAUCGGUGAAUGGCUGGAUACUUUCUGCUCUCAGCUUGGAAUUGAUGUGAAGCUAUCAAGCAAGGAUCUCAAGAGUGUGAAAUAUCAGAAUAUAACCGACAUUGAUUUCCUGAAGGAAGCAAUGACACAGGCUCUUCAAACUGUGGAGAACAAGCUGACCUAUUUCUUUUCUAAAUAUGAUCUUACCCAUCUUGUACAAAUGAUUCACGGAAUCCUAUUUAAGCAGUUUUCUGGGUGCUGGGCACAGUGUCCUUUUUGUGGUGCCAUAUGUACAAAUACUAUUUCUGGGCACAGUGGAGACCACAGUGUUCAAUACCAUCGUCCUCAAGCCAUUAUAGGUACACCAUGGUACAAGAAAAAUUACUUUUCUAUAGAGAUUUGCUCCAGUCUUGCAUCCAGUGAUUUAUGUUAUGUGUUGGAUGAUAACCGUGUUCCCUACAAAACAUACAGAGAUGGUGGCCAUCCUUACAACACUUGGUCUAUUACUCCAGACAACUCAUCAUUAUCUUACUGGAAAUGGGUGAUCUCUUUCUUCCAACGUAACUUUGAAAGCCAUUACAACUUCACAUUCACAAAUCGGGGGACAAUUCCAACUCAGUGGGCUUGUAUAACAAAGCAGGAAGUAAUUAAGGAACUUGAAGAAAAUAUGUAA